CACGACAUGGCAAAAAAACUCGACCCAGAGGACGAUGAAGAACUUAUUAACACUUUUGAUAAGUUUCUUCGCCAACAAAAACUGGUCGACUGGCCCGUGGCUUUUGAUGAGACUUUAGAGAUAUCAUCCCACUUCAAGCACUGCAGUUGUUCCAGACAGAUAUUUGAGUACUUUAAAGUGAAUGUGCCAUUCCCAGCGGACAUAAACACAUCCUUCUUGAAGAGCAUGGAGGAGCUCUAUUCCAAGAUACAAUUACAUGAAUUUAAAAUGUCAAAAUCAGAGAGUAAAAACAAGGAUUUGGAGUUUGAUGACACCAAUAAACGUGCAAUUUAUGUGGAAAGAGCACUUAAAAUCCUGAAAGACCAGAUUGAUGUAAUGUCACGGAGCUUGGACAUUAAGGACUACAACUACCCAGGUUUUGGUGCAGUUGAGGGCACUGAUAUCCCAGGACUUCCUGAUGCCUUAAAACAUUUGGACAGCAUCUCAGAGGCCCAAGGCUUCAAUUCAGGCUUCCUGAAGAUCUGGAGGCCGUUCUUUCUGUGUGAUCUUUCUGUGGCUGUUCUGAAAGACACAUUUUGGUGGUUCUUUCUCAACAGAUUUAAGCCUGAUGUGGAGGAGGAGAACCAGUUGUUUGAUCGUAUUUCUGGAACCUAUGUCUCUCUACUGAUGACCGUUCAAAGGGAACUAAAAGACAAGCUCUUUAAGGUGUAUGCAGAUUGCUUGGCCCAGGCGGUCUACACAGCAUUUUACAGAGCGUUUCCUCAGUCCUUUAAACGUAUAGGCCAUGAUUUUAAGACAAACCUGACGGACAUCAUUUCUCUCUGGGUGUCAGGUGUGAAGGUGUUGUCAUGGCAGAAUUGGAACCUGAGUUGGCUGGAUCGGGCAGACAUGCCUGAGGAGAGCCAAAAAGACUCAGCAUAUGACCAGGAGAUGAACUUUGAAGUGCUGGUGUCUAGUGCCAGCAAACUCAGUCUCAGCCUCCCAGAGAAGCAGAAGAGCGAACGCAUCACCAGUGCUGACUCCAGGAUGAACUGUGAGAGAGAGCUCCAACAUGUCCCUUUCAAGCUGUGUGGUCAGAGUCCUCUGGUGUCUCGCUACAUUCAGCUCUACGGCAUCCCUAGUCCCACUGGGUCACAUACACACACGAUUACAUGGAGUGAGAUCACCAACCUGCCUCCAUCCCAACCCACCUACCAAGACAUGGUGACUGAUGUAGAAGAGGGGAUUCGCAGACAAAAACAGCAAUACAACAUCUACGCUCUACUCCAUCUCCAUCCCUAUAGGAUGUGCCAGCAGACUAAACAGGAGAUCGCUGACAUCCAUCAAGACAGACUUCUCCAUGACAUGGAACUAAACAGUCUUGCUGGGCUGCUGCAGGGACGUGUGUGUCUGCUGGAUGUCAUCAUAACCACAGAAAUCAGGGGCUGAUGGUAUCUCAACCGGUCUCUCCCUGUUCACAUCCCCAGCCUGAGUCACUAGAACCCAGGGUCUCCUCUGACCACACACACACACACACACGCGUGCACACACACAGCAUCCGUGUUCUCAUUGGUAGGUAAACAUGUCCAGAUUGGUGGAAUGGGGUGAAAUCCCACCAUGGUGGGAACCCUUCCCAGAACCAUUUGUAAGCCCUAUAUCCUACGCCCCCGGCCUGCACAUGCACACACACGCACACGCGUGCCCUCUCUGUCUCCGCCACCUCCUAACUCUUUACAGAUUGUAAAGGCAGUGUUUCUAUAUUAGGUUACGCUGGUGGAGUUCUCUCUAACUCGACCCUGCUCUACUGAGGUCAGCGCUGGGAAACAGCAUCAGACACAACUAGAAAUAGAUUCUCAUUCAGAACAGAGGUCACAGAUUUAGACAGAAGUGAUCAGCACCCUCAUCAGACACAGACACACACAAAAAGUUGACCCUGUAUGACACACACAAAAACAAACAACCCACCCCUAAACACACGUUUAAUGACCCCAGCCCAUCUCUCUCUCUGUUAGCCAAGUGGAUUGUAGAAUGUAAAACAGCUCAGAUGUGUAUAAUGAGGAUAAGAAUGGGAAACGUCUUAAUGACCUUCAAUUGACAUUCUACACCGAAAACGGGACUGGAAUGAUUGUAGGUUCUUCUGGAUAAAAGUGUCCACUGAAUGAUUAAUAUGCAAAUAUCCUUGAUUCCUUGUUCCUCUAUAACUAGCAGAGAACAUUGCUGCGUGAUUCUCUACUAGUGCUGGCACCCAGCCAGAUAUCAGUUUACCACGUUCACGGUAAAAUCUGAGCCAUAUGCUUCAACUACAUCUCUAAUGGAUUCUAAGUUGUGUAAUAAUAUUUGUUUUAUUACAUUUAGCACGAACCUUACACUAACCAGUUCCUGGCAACUGACUGGAGUGUGUAAAAAUGUCUGCACGCAAAUCAUCAUUUAAGCAUCAGUCCCAGCCAUUCACCCCAGGCUCAUUCCCAAUCUUUAUACCUGAGCCCCAGCCCUAUACUGUAGCACUAGCUCAGCCCUAUACUGCAGCCAUAGCCCAGGCCUAUACUGUAGCCCUAGCCCAGCCCUUUACUACAGCCCUGGCAGAGCCCCACAGUGCAGCACUAGUCAAGUGCCAACCCUAUACCGCAACCCUUGCCCAGCCCCAGACCUAUAGUGCAGCCCUAGCCAGGCCUUAUACUGCUGCCAUAGGCUUAGGCCGAACCCUAUUAUAUAGCCCAGCCUCAACCCUAUUCUGAAGCCCAUGAACCUCCAUAAAAACCAGCCUCUACCCUAAUCACAGCCCUUUAUAUACAGUGGAUAUAAAAAGUCUACCCCCUGUUAAAAUGCCAGGUUCUUGUUAUGUAAAAGAAUUAGACAAAGAUAAAUCAUGUCAUAACUUUUUACACCUUUAAUAUGACCUGUAACGUGAUCAAUUCAAUUGAAAAAUCAAUCAAUCAAAUGUAUUAAUA